AUGCCACUAGAAAGCGAUACUAUUAAAGCCCAAGUGCUAGAACAAAGGCAAGAGAGCCUAGGCCCAGAGGCUCAGAUCGACAGGGAAAUGGACAGAGAGGACCCCUACCCAGCCACUCCUACCCAACAACCAGCCAGCCAAGAGAGCAACUCCUCUACCCCAAAACCAACUGCCAAGAACUUGGAGCAGGCCAUCUACUAG